CCGCAACCCUACCCCGCCGGCCCGCCGAGCUAACAUGACACCCAGUGCUCACGAACGAGGACUUCCCUUUCUUGGUCCCCUUAGACGAAGACGAAGACGAAGAAGACGAAGAACUUUCGGCAUGCGUGCCUCCUCCGCCUUUUCUUCGCGAGAGGAGUUGCCUGGACCUGACCAGUUUAUCUUGGUGUUUUGUAGAGGGGUCUUGGUCUUGCUUAUUCGUAGAGGGAGGCUGGUAUUCUGUAGAGCGGGGUUGGUUGUGGUUCUUUGUAUCGAAGUCUUGGUCUUGGUUCUUUGUAGAGGGGAUGGUGAGAGUUAGGGCUUGAGGAUAUGGAUUCUCUAUUCAUCACUGUGUUAGUAGGGUGUUAUCACACAAGGGUAUUGGGGCAGUAGAUUGAAUUGGAUUAGG